CAAUGCUUUCUUUUGAACAUUUACUUCUCAAAACCAAAAAAGUCAAUUUAAUUUUAUUUCCAAUUAGUGUUUGUUUUUUGUUUUCUAGUUUCUUGGGCUUUUACAUAUUCGCUUUAUGUUGUGCAUAAAAUUUACAAAUUCCAUGUUAACCUAAAAUGUUCCGACUCUUCGCUAUAAACAAUUCGAGUUCGUUGCAAACGGAUGAGGACAACUUGGUGGUUGUUAGUAUUGGUGAUAACACCAAUCAGAGUGAGCCUUAUCAACACAACAACAACAACAACUGCAGCUUACUAAUAAACAGUAGCUUCAACGGCAACAACAACAACGGUGACACUCUCAUCCAUCUCUAUGAUCAUCAUUGCGGUGGCGGUGACAGCAACAGCAAGCCGAGCCACAAUUCCGUAGGUAGUUACACGAAAGGUCGCUACGACAAGUACAGCAACAACACAAACAACAACAACGCUGCCAAUACAUUCCAACAACUUGCGGAGUCACAGACGCCCAUACUACAGUGUGAUACCAGCUGUCGUGCUGCGUGUUGUCGUCUAGAAGUCGGGAAUAACAACAACAGCAAUAAAGUCAGCCGCAUUAGCGUCAGCAAUAGUAACAACAAUAUUAACAACAACAGCAACAGGAAUAUUAACAACAACAAUCGUAGCAGGAGCAGGAGCAGUAGCAACAACAGAAGAAAAAUGCGCCGCAAUGUGAAAUUCAUUGUUUUUGUAAGCAUCAUUUGGAUAUUCGUCAUGGUCUACUACUUCCAGUCCAGCACGGAAAAGGUGGAAAAUCGCGCGCUACGCCUACGUGAGGUUGCCACAGCCAUGCAGCAGUACCAGGACGAGCCCUUCCCCUCGGCCGCGUCCGCUGGCAGCGAUAGUCAGAGCUUUGGAGGCGCGGCGCAUGACAUCAAUCGGCUGCACCCGCUAGGCGUUGGCAAUAAUGAGGGCACGGAUGAAGAGCCUGGUGGCGGUGGCGUCGUCGGGGGAGGCGGCGGCGGUGGAGGUAAUAUUAUAAUUAUCGGCACUGGACCGGCUUUCCAAUCGCGCAUCGGUGGGCUCGGUCUGCACGCGUACGGCGCGGCGGGUGGCCCAGCAGGUCUGGAUGAGGACACACUGCGACUGAAUGCCAAUAGCGUGUUCAGCAGCAGUAGCGGAGCAGGCGGCUCGGCUGCGGUGGCCAGCGCCACUGGCAUACACGGCUCGCUGACCGCAGCGAAUGGCCGCAGCGCUGGCGACUGGGAGUACUUCGAUGAGGCGGGCUACAUAAAGGGCGGUGCAUUGCGUACCGGCGAGGAUCCGUACAUACGGAAUCGUUUCAACCAGGAGGCCAGCGACGCGCUCCCCAGCAACCGGGACAUUCCCGAUACGCGGAAUCCAAUGUGUCGCAACAAAAAGUAUCGUGAGGACCUGCCAGAGACGAGCGUGAUUAUAACAUUCCACAACGAGGCUCGUUCGACGCUGCUCCGCACAAUAGUCAGUGUGCUGAACCGCAGUCCGGAGCAUUUGAUUCGGGAAAUUAUUCUAGUCGACGACUUUAGUGACCACCCGGAGGACGGCCUGGAGCUGGCCAAAAUCGACAAGGUGCGCAUAUUGCGCAACAAAAAGCGUGAGGGACUUGUGCGUUCGCGUGUGCGUGGUGCCGAUGCGGCCGUCGCCGGUGUGCUCACCUUCCUCGACAGCCACGUGGAGUGCAAUGAGAAGUGGCUGGAGCCGCUGCUGGAGCGCGUUCGUGAGGAUCCGACACGUGUCGUCUGUCCGGUCAUCGAUGUCAUUAGCAUGGACAACUUCCAGUAUAUUGGUGCAUCGGCAGAUCUGCGUGGCGGUUUCGAUUGGAAUUUGAUUUUCAAAUGGGAGUACUUGAGUUCGCCCGAUCGGGCGACGCGGCAAAACGACCCGACCACUGCCAUACGCACGCCCAUGAUAGCGGGCGGUCUCUUCGUCAUCGACAAGGCGUACUUCAACAAACUCGGCAAGUACGACAUGAAAAUGGAUGUGUGGGGCGGCGAGAACCUCGAGAUUUCCUUCCGCGUGUGGCAGUGCGGCGGCAGCUUGGAGAUUAUACCCUGCAGUCGGGUGGGACACGUAUUCCGCAAACGGCAUCCGUACACCUUCCCCGGCGGCAGUGGCAAUGUGUUUGCGCGGAACACAAGACGCGCCGCCGAAGUCUGGAUGGACGAUUACAAGCAGUACUACUAUGCUGCAGUGCCGUUGGCUAAGAACAUCGCUUAUGGCAACAUCGACGACCGGUUGGCGUUAAAGGAGAAACUGCAGUGCAAGCCAUUCAAGUGGUAUCUGGAGAAUGUCUAUCCCGACCUGCAAGUGCCGGAGUCGUUCGAGUUCGGUCAAUUUAAGCAGGGACCCAGCGACUGCUUGGACACCAUGGGCAACUUGGUGGACGGCACAGUGGGCCUCUUCCAAUGCCACAAUACGGGCGGUAAUCAGGAGUGGGCCUACACGAAGCAGGGCCAAAUCAAGCACGACGAUCUCUGUCUGACGCUGGUCCAGUUCGCACGCGGCUCCGAGGUGGUGAUGAAGGAGUGCGACAGCUCCGAGAAUCAGCGUUGGACCCUGCGUGAAGGCGGCUUCUUGCGGCACAACAAGCUCAACGUCUGUCUGGACUCACGUGAUCAGCACGAGCACGGCGUGACUGCACAGCGUUGCAACUCGGCGCUGGAGACGCAGCGCUGGAAGUUCGUGGCGAACGGCAAGUAUGCGUGAGAUGAGGCUGAGACAGUCUCAGCGAUGGUGACGAGGAUGACGUUGAUGGGGACAACGGAUACGGAAAUGAAAAGGGAAAGGAAAACAGAAACGGAACCAGAAACCAAGGUGGACGCAGAUGCAUGAAAUGAGGCGUUGAAAGAUUAAACGGGGAUCUCACUCUACACGACUACACCUACUCACAUAUAUAUGUACAUACACAACCACACGGAAUACGACUGCAAAAACUAUUGCUACAACAACAACUGCUGCCACUAAUCACAACAAGAGAUGGAGUACUGACGUUGAGCGACUAGGCAACCCUCAAAAGCCGAGACGGAGAACAUUGGGUGUAAUCAGGAGGACCGUCGGCUACAAUUAAGAAGCGUUUCAAGUCUUAAGUUUUCAAGGGAUGGGGGAAGGGGUCAGAACUCAUGAGGUUUAUGACCAUUCACUAGCGACACGAGUAAUGAAGGAUAAUGAGGGGGAUACAAUUAAGCAUAAACGAGUAAACAAGGACGAGAGUGAUAUUAAAAAAUUAAUGGAUCAUUGGCCCCGAGGGGAGCAGCAUAAAAAGCGAAUGCACAGCAAAGAGGACUAUGACAACGGCAACAGCUGCCAAGAUUAACAUUUGUUAGCUGAAUUUACAUGAACCCACGCAGCAACAACAAGUGUAAAUUAUUGCGGGAAACGAAGAGUGGUGGGGGAGGAGUAUACGAGGAGCUGGCAACCGGCGCUGCUGACAGCUGGCUUAUUUAUGAAAACAUGAAUUCAUGGAGCAGUCACGCUGUUGCAUGCAUUCCGUUGAUGAUAACAAGAACUCGGUGAGGCCAGGCGCUGAGCCCGAAGACGUAGCGAAUUUUGCAAAUGUGAGGUACUUUACCAGUUGUUGAGGUGGUAUUAAAUAUUUAGACUGAUUUUUUUAUGUUUCUUAACUAUAAAGUUUCCUUCAUUAUGUAAUUCUCGCGCUGCGCACUUUUUGCAUUCCAAAUGGCAAGCAAUUCAUUUACAAUUACAACACAUCUCCCCCCCCCCCCACAACUUGAAAAUGACAUGACACAAACACUCCACAUAGGUUUAAAAAUUCCCCUCCCCCAAACACACACACGCACACACACACACAUGAAUAUAGUUAUACGUAAAAUACAAAUGUCCUUUGGAGAGAGAAUGUCAAGUAUUCUACUCGUUUUCCGAAUUCAGCAUUCUCCUCCCUUCUCUUUGUUGUUGUUGUUGCCUUGCCGUGACACUUUCUUGGUAUACAUACAUAGGUGCCCUUCCACAAUUCCACAACGUCAAUUAUCCAAAUACUGAAACACCGUUAAGUUUCUAAGAAAAUUGUUGUUCAACAUUUGUUUAUUUUUUUUUUUUUCAAUUUUUAUUUUAAAACUCACACUAGCUGUCGAAUCAUCUCUUUAUUUAGAAAAUAAAAAUAUAAAAAAUAAAAAUAAAAACAAAAACAAAAACAAAUGAAAGUAAAAACGUUACCAAAAGUGAAAAAGUGAAAGUGUUGAAGCGAAAACAAAAACAAAAACAAAACAAAUAUUUGUCAUUAGAUAAGCAUCAAUUAACAGCAGAUUAAAUUUGAAAAAAAUGAAAAUGCAAAUGCAAAUGUAUUGUAAAUAAACUAUAAUUAUUUUAAAUAAAUGUUAUUUAUAUUGAAGAAGAAAUGAAAACAAAUGCGCGCUGUUUAGUUAUGAAAUACGAUUUUAAGUAAAUAAGACUUAGUUAAUAUUAAAUGAAAA